CAAAAUUACAAUAAAAAAAGUAAAUAAACAAAAGUAUAAAAACACAAUUGGGUACAUUUUAUUUUUAAACAACGCAACAUUUAUAUAUAGAUACAUGGAUUAUAAUUAAUAUUAUCAAACUGUUUCAAGGACCUCACGACAUAGUAUGACCAAUCACAGAAUGUCAAAUUCCGAAGAACAUCCCUCUGCAGCAAAACGUAAAAGGGUAUUGGCUGCUGUGGCUCAGGAAAUUGUUACCAGUGAAGAUGAUGAUAAUAUUGCCGAUGGCACGGAUAUUUGUAAUAUAAUGGAAAAUCAUAUUCAACAUCAACGACAAUCGACAACAACCUCCAGCGCCUUGUAUGCACUGGGCGAAACCAUAAGAAAUACAUUAUUGGAAAUCAAUGAAAUACGGGAGCAAAAUCGUGAAAGACGUCACAAGGAAUUACUGCAAGUUCUUACAAAAAUGACACAACAGGGAAGUCCAAGUAAAAUCUCUAAUAAUACGGAUUUAUUAGAUAAGGAACAUAACACAGUACCAAUGGAUAGACCCCAUGAGAAUAAUACCACUACCACCGAGUUAAACCAAGUGUUAAUGACAAAAAGGCCUGUAGAUAAAGUUAUGCCAGUUGAAAAAUCUCCUAUAAAAUAUAUAAAGUUAUUACCCAAACCGCAAUCAACAAGUCUUAAUACACAACCGCUGUCUAAAACUGAUGUUUUUCCACCUAAAAACGGUAAUACCAAGGAGGAAUUGCAAAAUAUGCGCGCUAAAAUGUUAGAGUUACAACGUAAAAAAAUGGAAGAUCGUGAGCGAAAAAAACGAGAAUUUUUACAAAUGCAAAAUACUUAAGCAUACUUCAAUUUCUUGUAUUUGAUCAAAUAAAGCAAUAGUUUUGAUUUAGUUACUAGUUAAAGAUA